ACUUUUAUUUUGAAAUGUAACUCGCACUGGCGGGAAACUUGUGUGUCUGUCAGCAGAAGAUCAUGUACAACAACGGAUCUGAGAAAUGAGAAGGUCCACAGAGCAGGAAGAAUUGUGUGAUUUGUGAGUCCUGACACAGAGGAAACCGAUAAAGGAAUGGUUCAAAUAGUCAUCUCGAGUAAAGCUGGUGAAGGUCCAGCUGAAUGGCUGCUGGUGGAGUUGCAGGGAGAAGUUGUGUCCAGACAGAAUACUGGACUUGCAGGAAAUCUGAUGGGAGACCUGCACUAUACAAAAGAGGGUGUACCGGUGCUAAUAGUCGGACAUCACAUCCUUUAUGGCAAACAGGUCAAACUGGAGAAGCCCUUUGCUGUUCUGAUGAAGCACUCUGGACUCCCUCGGGAUGAAGAGGAAACGAUGGAAACCAACCAAGAGAACCCAACAUCUUACACUGUUUCCGCCCUCAUCAAAAAGAAGCUCAUCUUUAAAACCCGACCCAAACCCAUCAUCACUAAUGUGCCAAAGAAGGUAUAACUUAUGUUCAGAUAUUAGAGGCUGACUGUUCGGCACAGAAUUCUAGAUUUGUAACCAAAUGUGAAUGUAAAUGUUGUUUUGAAUGGUGGAUUAGUAUCUUUGUACAUUGUUGUCAGGAAUGAGUAAUUGACAAUAACAUUGAACAAAUAUAAAUAUUCUAAGUAAUGGGCCUACCGUGAAUUUGAAAAUCAGAAAAGAAAGAAAAAGCUCACUUUUGAAUGGACAUUUAUUGUAUCAAAACAUCAGUUACAAGUGUUUGCAAAAAUAAUUACAUGAGAAAUGUCCAAAUUUAAAGAAUCCAGCUUCUUUUGCAUGUACAUAAAUACAUAAAACAUAAUAUGGAAAGUUCAUGUGAGAUUAAAAAGACCAUGAUGGCCAUUUCUAGGUAUUGUACAUUGUGGAAAUACAGGUUAGCUGUGACACACAGACUAAAUGGUGGCGUUUUAUCAACACUUGAAUAUUUUAUUUUGUGAGUAGACGUAAGCUGCCAGUGGCGAGCUGAAAAACAACUGUGCAUUUUGGUUAAAAACACUUAACCUCUUCUAUUAUGGAUUGUGAAUAAUUUAUUAUUCUCUAAUCUGUAGUUUUAUGAAAAUAACUUGGCAUGUUUUCCAUAAAAUAUAGAUUCCUAGGAAAAUGUGUCAGGAUUCUUGCAUGUUUAAAAUAUCUUUGAAUUUUACAUUCCAAAAAUAUAUAUUACUUUACAAUAAACUUGUAGAAUGUAUGAUCUAGUUUUCACUGAUAAAUCAUUUUUAAGCCCCACACUCUGUUCCUGAGGAGCAUAUCAGUCUUAAAAGUUUGGCACCCAGUCUAAUACUGAAUUGCAUAAAAUCUGAAAAACACACAAAUGUGAACAAUGCAAUUCCAAGUUUGAUUGUAAACAUGAUAUAGCUCUGGUUUCAUAAUUGCAUUGUCAUCAGAGUCAUCAUCUUAUAUUUGCAGCCUUAAAGGACGCUGCAGUCCACAUCAGUUCACUUUUAAGACACAGUUAUCACAUGUAAUGCACAAGCAAAAGUGUUUCAUAAACUCAAAGCUUCUCUCUAAACUUGCACACAUAUGCACACUAGCCUCAGUGUUUAGAUCUCUGCCAGAGUUGAAUGUGUGUUUUGGGGGGAAGGGAGCAGAAAAUGUUAGUGUUCGCAUUCAUGGCGAACUGCUACUGAAGUAAAUCUACUAAUUGUUGCAUGGGUGGGCUGAGGGUGGAAAAACAGCCCACUGUACACCUUUGAUUCAUAUAUAGUAAUCUUUAAAACCACCUAACUUUGCAUACCAUAAAUGAGUUACUUCAGUUCACUUUUUUGUAUUUGUCUCUCUAGGUAACUGAACAUCUUAAUUAAACUAAUGGGAAUAAAAAGUUUGUGUUACAGGAAAGGGUCGUAAGAAUUUGCAAAGGUGGUCAGAUUCUGUAACAUCUGGCUAACAUGCAGAAUUAGCUAACAUACACUUUUUUUUAAAUCAAUAAUCAGUUUGGGGUGAGAAAAAGCAGUAAAUAUCAUGACAUCACAAGUCCACAUGCCUCUUAUGUUAAAAAUGAUCUCAACAGGUAAUGAAGCAUGAAUGAAAUGUUAUUAAAUUAUAA